CUUCAAUGAUUAAUUUGAUUCGUUGGACUGAAGAGACGCUUUACCUGCAGCAGAGCUUCCAGACAGGACAGGAACAGAUCAAACAACCGUAUUAAUUUGUGGUAACAAAACCAUCUAGCAGCACUUCCUGUUUAUUUGGACACAUAAACAGGCUCUGACCCUACAACCAUCACAACCACCAUGUUGACCGAUAAACACGAAGCGGCAGCUAACCCUGGGCAACCGAAGGGGGACCCCGUGAGUCGACUUCUGUCCAGGCGUGCCCUCAUCUUCUUUCUCCUCGCACUCUCUGGUCUCAUCUUCCUGUUACGCAACAUUCUCACUCUGGAGAACCUGAGCUACAACACCGCGUCUAUGCUUUUUCAGCCCCAGAACAGCAGCCACCCUGCCUUAGCCCAGAAGGGACCCCUCCCUCCGUACAAGAACCACACCAUCUGCAGCCACCUGCAGCCCACCCCCGACGAAGCCCUGGAGGACCGCGCCCUCCUCGACGCCAUCGUCUGGCCCAAGCCCCCCGCCCCCGCGUCCCUCCACCAGACCAGUGACCCCGUCCACAGCCUGUUCGCCAUUCUGCCCUCCAAGGGCGGGAGGGAGCGGCGUGUGGGGGACCAGCUUGAGGCCCUGGUCCAGAUGCAGGACUUCCAGGGCCGUCCCAAGCACUACGGGGGGGACUUCCUGGUGGCACGGCUGCACUCCCCGGAGCUGGGGGCAGGAGUGGCGGGCACGGUGGUGGACCACCUCAACGGCUCCUACUCGGCGCUGUUCCCCCUGCUGUGGGAGGGUCCGGCCCAGGUGACGAUCACUAUGGUGCACUCCAGCGAGGCGGUGGCCGUGCUGCAGCGGCUCCGGGAGCAGCGGUCCGACCGCUUCUUCUUCCGGAGUCUGUUUCGCUCGGGCAAGCUGUCUGAGAACACCGUGUGCAACAUGUGCCUGCCGCACAAUCGGCCGCAGGAGCCGCUGUGCAACUACACAGACCUCCACACCGGGGAGCCCUGGUACUGCUUGAAGCCCAAGCGGCUGAGCUGUGACACCAGGAUCAACCAUUUCAAGGGAGGCUACAAGAAGGACCUCGUCACCAACAAAGAAGCGCUGCUCUUUCAGAGCCGUGUAAACAUCAAGGUUGUCAUCCAUGCGUCAGGACCUGAUCGGAUAGACGUGCUUCCAAGGAAGAUAGAUAACCGAGAGUUAGAAAACCGCAGCAUCAAACCAGGGCCGGUCAAGUACAAUCCUGCUGGGUAUUACUACAAAGGCUCCUGGAGGUUAUUCGAUGGAACACCUGUUCGCCAGUUUGACGCCAAAUCGAUCACCCAGUGCCUGACUGGCAAGGUGAUGAAUAUGUACGGAGACUCCACGAUGAGGCAGUGGUUUGAGUACCUCAGAGCGUUUGUACCAGAGUUCAACCUGCGCAGCCCAGCGCAGGCAGGGCCCUUCAUGGCGGUGGACUGUAAACACAACAUCCUGUUGAAGUACCACUGUCACGGCCCGCCCAUCGGCUUCUCCACCGUCAGAGCCAGCGAGCUCCGCUAUGUGGCCAACGAGCUGGACCGCUUGCCUGGAGGCCCCAACACCGUGGUGGCUCUCAGCCUCUGGGCCCACUUCAGCCCCUACCCCGUGGAGGUAUACAUACGCCGCAUGCGGCACAUCCGCCGGGCGCUGGAACGGCUCCUGGUCCGGGGCCCCGGCACCCUGGUGAUCAUCCGCUCACCUAACUUAAGGGCCCUGGACAAGGAGAGGAGCCUGAACCACAGCGACUGGUUCUCGCUGCAGCUCGACAGGGUUCUCAGGAACAUGUUCAUGGGCCUGGCUGUUGUGUUUGUGGACGCCUGGGAGAUGACCUUAGCCCAUCAUAGCGCCCACAAUAUCCACCCGCCCCCGGACAUCAUCAAGAACAUGAUCAGUCUCAUCCUGACUCAGGUGUGUCCUGCAAAGAAGAGCUAGUGGCAAAGGCAAGGCAAGGCAACUUUAUUUAUAUAGCACUUUUCAUACACAAGGCAGACUCAAAGUGCUUCACAUAUAAACAUUGUCAUACAAUAAAAUAAAAUAAUAGAUAAGUAAAAGAAAAACAUAUGCAAAGAAAUGGGUAAAAUAGAAAAUUAAGGCAAAGUUAAAAAAGCUUUUUAGAAAGUGCAAUGUAUUUAAGAUUUAGCAGAAAGCUAUAGCAAACAUAAAAGUCAAAGAAAGAAAGAAGGAAAGUUGGAAGAGGCGUGCCGUCCUAGUGCUUGCAACAUCGUUGGGUUAUCCUGAUUCUCUUGCCAUGAACAAGUUACUUGUUACUCUUUAUAAAGGGGUAUUUAUUUUUAUACGAGGAGCUUUGCAUAAAGAGGCCUUUAUGUAAAGCUCCAUGAACUGGAUUCAAAUAGACCUGAUUGUGGAGCAGGUAGGCGUUGAGCACCAUCCUUAAGGAUGCCUACAGGUAGGCUCAGGACAUUGGAGAUUGAACGCAGUAUCAUCGACACCCUCGCCACUAUUAUUUUUCACCCCAGUUGACAAACCAAUUGAGUCAUCAUGUGAAGGUGCCAUUCCAUUAUCCACUUUCAUCGUUAUCCUGCCUCUACCAAUUAGCUCAUCCACAUUAUGAGUUCCCAGCAAGGGGAGGCCUUGCCCAACCGUUAAAAACGUUUUUCUUGGAUCGCUCUCUCUCUCUUUGGUCUGUCGAUGAUAACCCUGCUUGUUCUGAAUUACUAGCUUAUUUGUUAUCAUAUAUAUAUAUAUAUAUAUAUGCAUAUAUAUAUAUAUAUAUAUGCAUAUAUAUAUAUAUGUAUUCCGCUCUACCCCCUACCUGCGUCUAUUGUCAACCGUGUGUUCCUGUUAGCCUGAUCCUUUGUCAAUUCUUUGCUGCCACCUUGCAGAUCAGGAGUGUCACUACAAACAGUACUUUUGGAUUAGUUUAGGGUGGAGAAGGUAACUCCACGUAUGGUCUACAUAGCAGCUCGAGCGCUUUGCCUUCCUUUGUUAGCUGCUAGUUUAGCUGUUUUGUUUGGUUAUUUUCUUUGACAAUACACGAGUUCCAAGACCCUGUUGCAUGUUUUGCGGUUUCUUACUUUUUCUGUGUUUUAUGUUCAUCUGUUCUCUGAUGGCUUGGUAAACACACUUUCCCCAUCA